AUUUUCUAUUUUGUCAUGGGACAAUUUGGAGUUCACAGAAUUUUCCUUCUAGUCAUUUCCUUAAUAAAGAACAUGGAGAGUACAGAACUACUGGCAGAGUUUAAAAAGUGCGGAGAUAUGGAAUGUGAAACUUUAAUAAGUAGAGCCGUGGCCAUAAGAGAUUACAAAGGACCUGACUGCCAGUACUUGAACUUCAAAACAGGAGAAGAGAUAUCUGUUUAUGCCAAACUUUCAGGAGAAAGAGAAGAUCUGUGGGCAGGGAGUAAAGGAAAGGAUUUUGGAUAUUUUCCCAAAGAUGCAAUCCAAAUUGAGGAGGUAUUCAUUUCUGAAGAAGUGAAAGUGCCAACUAAAGAAUCUGAUUUUAUUUGUCUUCAUGAAAUAAACUAUGUGUUUGAAAAUGAAGAGAGCACAUUGUAUAAUGAUAAUGAAGGAACUGACUAUUCAGAUAUAGAAGAAAAAAACAAAGAAUCUAAUGUAGAUGAAAAUGAAUUACAGAGAACACUUGGAAUUUAUUUAACUCCUGAAAAUACUGAGUUAGAUAAUCAAUCCCCAAGAACAGAGAGUCUAGAAAAUAUCAGAGGUACAGAUGAAUCAGGAAUCUGGGGGAAAGUAAAACCUGAGAGUUUAACAAAAAAUGCUGCCAAGCAAGACUCUUCAAGUUAUGUUACCCAAGUGGAUCCUUCAUCAUCUUCUUGGGUAAGAGGAUGGUUUGGUCUGGGAAGUGAAGAAGUCCAAGAAGAAACUUUUAAAUCAAUUGCUGAAAUACAACAGGAAAAUUCAUUUCUCAUAGCUCUAGGUGAUGAGAAUGACUUAAAGGAGUUAAACACUGACAAUCCUCUUGAAAAGCAUGAGUCAGAAACUCUACCAAAUUUUGAUCCUUGUCCCCUGGAACAGUCUGCACCACAAUCUGGGCUUGAAGAAGUACCUGAUCCUCAGACAACUACCUGGCUUGAUGAUGACUUAAUAGGAUAUUUUGGUUUUGGCCAAGGGGAUUCAGGAUUUAAGUUACUAUCUAAAAAAAAUAAUUCAUUACUAGAAAAUACUUCACUACCAGAAGACAUUCCCAUCAAUCUUCCAUCUGAUCAAGAGCCCAUAGUUUCACAUACAGAAAAAUUGUCAGAAGUAGAGGAGCCCGAGACAAAAGAUUAUUCAGCUCUCAAGCCAAGUUGGUUUGAUUUAGGUUUCAGUAAUAUGCUGUACUUUGCAUAUACUGAAGAAGAACAAAGGAAAAUAGAUAAGCAACAAAGAGAAGGCAGCAGUGGAGAAAAUGACAAUGAAAAUCUUUCAUCUAAUAAUCUUGACCUUGAUCAUAAUGAGGAAAGAGAAACAAAGGAAAUUGGGGAAAAUGAAGAUCAAACAUUUAAGAAAACAGGAGGUUAUUUGGAAAGGCUGUUUGAUUAUGCUAAUAAUCCUUGGAACUCACACAACAAAUUACCAUUUUCUAAAAAACUGGGGAGUCAAGAUAAACUACUUGCAAUUGACAGAACAGAAGAAUUAUCAGAUGAAAGUCAAAUCACAGAAAAUGUGGAAAUUAAUUCAAAAACCAAAAACAGUCAAUCAGACUCUAAAAUGAAAUAUAAAAAAGAAUCCCAGUGGCAACAAGAAGAAAAAUCUAUAUUUUCCACUCAUAAGAGAAACAGUGCUAAAGCAGAAGAUGCACAUGCGUCUCAGAUACUUGAAUAUUUUCUUCAAAUUAAAAUAUCUGACCUGAUUUCUGCAAAAAAGGUUGUAGCAGCAUUGCCUGAAGAUAUGAGACCGGGUACUGGUCUGUAUGGAUUUCCCUGGGAAAUGGUGUUAUGUGCAGUUACGGUUGGCUUUUUUACAAUUUUCCUUUUUUUAUGCAGAGGUUUUUAUUCGGUUAAAAGCCGACUUUAUGUAGGAAGGGAAAAACAACUUGCCAAAAAAGUUUCUGAAUUAGUGGAAGAAAAAUGUAAGAUUCUUAAAAAACUUAGCCUUUGUCAAAAAGAGUAUGAAAAUCUAGAAUCAUCUUUAAAGGAUGGAAAAUUUGAGAGAGAGUCAUCAGAAACACCCAGUCUGGAGUUGUUUGAAGGAUCACAAAAAUUAGAGGCUGCAUAUGAAAAGCUGAACAGGGCAAACUCUGAACUUAUGGAUGAGAUGCAUUCUCUAGAGACAGACUUGAAAGAGGAAAAAUCUAAACGAUCAAAACAAGAUGAGUUGAUGGCUGACAUUAAAAAACGGAUACAAUCACUUGAAGAUGAAUCAAAAUCGAUCAAAUCACAAGUAGCUGAAGCCAAAACAACCCUAAAAGUAUUUCAGCUAAAUGAAGAACGACUUAAAACCUCAAUAGAAGAUGCAUUGGAAGAAAAUUCACAUCUUCAGGAAAGCCAAAAACAACUUUUACGGGAAGCUAAAGGAUGGAAUGAACGAUUAAAUGAACUUAAUGAACAGAAAAAACUGUUUGAAACUUCUAAAGCAAAUAUGGAGCAAAUUAUAAUUAAUAAAGAAAGUCAAAUCAAGUCUCUGACAGAAUGCUUACUGAAGAUGAAAGAUUGGGCUGUUGCACUGGGGGAAGAUAAUGUCAAUGAUAAUCAUUAUCAAGCUGAAAUAAACAGUGAAUCAGCAAUUGGAGACCAUUUAGAUGAUCACCAAAAGCAGACUGUGAAAAAACUAAUUUAUGCUGCUAAGUUGAAUGCUUGUCUAAAAACCCUGGAAGCAGAAAGGAACCAUGUAUAUUCUCAGUUGUCUGAUGAAGAUAAAAUAAAGGAAGAGCUUAAAGGUCAAAUUGAAGUUCUUCAUACUGAGCAAGUGUCUUUGCAGACUGAAAAUGCAUAUUUUGAAAGUGAGGUGCAAAAGCUUCAGCAAAAACUUAAAGUAAUGACUGAAUUGUAUCAAGAAAAUGAAAUGAAACUUCAUAGAAAAUUGACUGUGGAAGAAAAAGACCGCUUACAGAAAGAGGAGAAACUAUCCAAAGCAGGAGAAAAGAUUAGUCAUGCUUCUGAAGAGCUAAAUUCUUACAGAGAAAGAGCCAAGGAUCUUGAAGAAGAAUUGGAAAGGACUAUUCGUUCUUAUGAAAGCCAGAUCACUACUCAUGAGAAAAAAGCUCAUGAUAAUUGGUUGUCAGCCCGAGCUGCUGAAAGACAUCUCAAUGACUUAAAAAAAGAAAAUGCACACAACAGACAAAAAUUGACUGAAACAGAAUUUAAAUGUGACCUUUUAGAAAAAGAUCCUUAUGCCUUUGAUGUAUUAAAUAGAUCCUUUGGCAGAGAGCAUUCCCCAUAUGGACCCUCACCAAUGGGUCGGCCUUCACCAGAAAUGAGAGCUUUUCUCUCCCCUCCAACUUUGUUGGAGGGUCCACUCAGAAUUUCACCUUUGCUUCCAGGGGGAGGAGGAAGAGGUUCAAGAGGACCAGGACAUCCUCUGGAAUAUCAGAGUGCUAAUGAGAGAGGGGAAUUAUCUGAUCUCCACAGAGCACCUUCAGACACUGGAUCUCUGUCACCUCCAUGGGAUAGAGAUCGCAGAAUGAUUAUUCCUCAUUCAGAUGAGGUGGCAUCCUCAGAAAUGGAAUCCAACAGGAAUGACAACAAAGAUGAUUUUGGUAAUUUAAAUAUGCCUGACCCAUCUCUCGCACCUCAAAGUGAAGUAGCUGGCCCAGGUUUUGUUCCACCACCUCUUCCUUUAGUCCGAGGUCCUUUGUUGCCAGUGGAUCCAAGAGGGUCAAAAAUGAGAAGAGGACCUCCCAUUACACCCCCUCCUCCAGGAAAUAUAUAUGGACCUCCUCGGGGCUAUUUUCCAGCAAGUAAUUUCCCUGGCCCACCACAUCCUCAGUUACCAAUGAGAAGUGUCUAUCCACCUAGGUCCUUUCCUCACUAUCCUCCCUCAAGAGAUGGAUUUUUCCCUCCACCUCCACAUCCUGAAAAUAGAAAUGAGCAAUCUUCAGGCUUAUUUCAGCCUUCAAAUGAGCCUGCUGCUGAUCAUCAAGAACCACAACAAGAAACUUGACAGUUUUUGUUUCAUCAAAAGUAAUUUAUGAUGUACUUUUUAAUCAUCUCUCAUUCUCAGUUUAAAUAACUAACUGCUAUUACUUCUUUUACUGUUCCUCAAAUUGAAGCUUGAUGAAAUAAUAAUUUUCAAUGUAUGCUUUUGUAAAUAAAGAUGAUUUAACUGAG